GCUGUUUUUCCCCUUAUCAACCGUUUUCCGUUAACGUUUUUUUUGUUUGUUAAAUGGCUCAACAAGAGUAUAAGCGUCUCGGUGAGCAGUUGUUUACAUAUAAAGGCCAGGUGUUUCCCGUGGCUGACACGCAGGAAUUAACCACGGAAUAUAUCGACAGCUUGGAACACUUUGAGAUCAAGGACAGUGAUGUUUUCCUUGUCACUUUCCCCAAAUCAGGUACAGUAUGGACCCAGCGUAUCAUCACCCUGAUGUUUGAGGAUGAUUUCCCAGAGGAGGCUAACCAGAUCACCUUUGUGAGGAUGCCCUGGCUGGAAAUCCUGGAGAAGGGGAAGACCUACACCCAGAGGCCCUCUCCACGCCUCUUCUGCUCCCAUCUACACCAGCAUCUUAUGCCCAAGGGCCUGCAGAAGAAGAAGGCCAAAGUCAUCUAUGUGACCAGGAACCCUAAAGACAUCCUGGUGUCCUACUUCCACUUCUCUAAGUUCAUGAAGCAUCUGGACAGUCCAGAACACUAUGACGAGAUGCUGGACAAGUUCUUCUGUGGAUGGAUGCUUGGUGGCUGCUGGUUCGACCAUGUCAGAGGAUGGUACAACAACCAGGACAAAUACAACAUCAUGUUCCUCAGCUAUGAAGAGAUGAUCAAGGACCUGAGAUCGGUGGUAGAGCGUCUGGCUGAGUUUGUCGGGAAGAGCCUGUCUGAUGCAGCUAUAGACAGCAUAGUGGAGAAAGUCACCUUCAAUAACAUGAAGAAAGAUGACAAGGCCAACUAUGAGUUCUUGCUUGACAACGUCAAAGACAAGAACAAGGGGAAGUUCCUACGCAAAGGUACCAUAGGAGACUGGAAGAACUCGUUGACGGUGGCCCAGAGUGAACGCUUUGACCAGAUCUAUCAGGAGAGGAUGAAGGACCUGUCUCUCAACUUCGUCUGGGACAUCACAGAGCUUCAAGGCUGAUACAGACACAAGCAUGCGCACACACAGUGGCGGUUCUAGCUUGUAUGGCUCC